AUGGCAACCAACAUGGAUCACAACAACCAGCUACUUUGUCGCAACGCAGUGCUUCAGGCCGAGCUGCGUCUCGUCAAACAGCAGCUUGACCAAGCUCACAGGUCCACCAACUACCUCCUCGAACGCAUGAGCCUAUCGGGGACACCACGUACCAAUGUUACACUAGAGCAGCUCGAGAAGGCUCACGAGCAAGUCCUUCGCGAGAACGCUCACCUGAAGAGUCUACUCACCAUCACUUGCGGAAGCCCAACUCCCAGUUCCCGGCGCAUUGGCUCCAGGACAGCUUACGGCGUCCGCAGAACUCUGCGCUCCGGUCGUGACCACUCCCAAUCAUUCUCGUACCACCGAGCCACCGAUAGUGCUGUGUCGGAGUCAGGGAACCUUCUCGACCUGGAAGACGAUUUCACGCCAAGUCCCACCGCCACCCCUACUUACACCACCACGAAGGCUGACCCUACUCCGCCUCUCGAGAGCAGUGAAGAUGAGGAUCACCGCUCCAGAAUUCCAGAAAUGGUCGGCCGGCCAAUUCGACACAAGAAGAUUGCCAACACAUCCACCGGCCUCGGCAUCACUGGCACGACCUCCUUCGAUUCAUCAGCACGUGAGCCCGCCGGAUCACAUGCCAGCGGCACAGCAGGUUCCACUCCUGCAGGAAGCAAGUCAGGAUUCAUCCUCACGGACAGUGAUGGCAACGAAACAUUCUUCCAGACUCCCUCCCCCACCUCUUCCAACCCUCUUCGGGGUCCACGUGCCUCCAGAGGCGAAUCUAAUGGUCCGGCACACUUUGCUUUCUGGGAACGACAGAGUCUCAUGGGUGCUGCGAUAUUCAUCGAGGACAAGGAUGAAGCAGAAAUCGUGGAGUACUGGGAGGAGUAUGGCAAGCAACAUCCGAGGCACAGCGCCGAGGAGUGGAAGAAUUAUUACCAUGAGACAAUUCGGCCGGCUUACCUUGCCAAGCAGAGUCCGAAGAUGACUGAAGAUGAGAAGGAGCAAGAGGCACCAACGGCAGAAGCAGUCCAGAAGCAGGAUGAUGAGCCAAAGCUACUGGCAGAGACUUCGUUCACCUCAGGCACAACUAAGCCUGACGAGAUCUUGUUCGACGACGACGAGGAGGCAGCACAGACUGCAGAAUCGUCUUUCAACAGCACAACCACGGCCAGCGGAGGCGUUGCAUUGGUGGAAGUUGGAAAUGUUGCACUCGAUGCAGCGGAUCAAUCUGGUGUAGUGCACAGCGGCUCUGAGAGCAUAGUCUCUGCCCAAGAGAGCGAGAGCACCAUCCGAGCACCGACUACUUUUGCGGCGGCAUUCAACCCGCUCGCCUUGUCUGUGCACGCAGACCCAGCUGCCUUCACGAAUCAGACUCGGACUAGCAGUCCCGAACACGAGCCUCUCGCCAGCGACGUUCCCAUCCAAGCAACCCAGAGCACCGAAGAUAAGCCCAGGACUCCAUGGUCUUUUGGGCCCGCCUACAAUGCGAGCCUUGAGGAGGCGAAGGCUUUCAGCACGACAGCCACACGCGGAGGUCAGAGAUCUCGACCACGACGCCAGACUCCCGAGGAUGAUUAUGUCGUAGCACCGCCUACGCCGGCCUUCGGGGUGGCUGCUCAAGACGACCGGGGAGAGGCACCAGCACGCCGUGACUCCCCACCGAAGGUUACUCGUUACAACUACUCACGCACAUACUACCCCAUGCAUGAGCAGAAUCUCUUCUACAAGCCAAGACUAGAAGACCCGAAUGCGUAUCGGACCGUGCUCAUCACUGGCGUCCCUCCGACCAUUACUCUGGCUCAGGUGCUCGACAAAGUCCGCGGCGGUAAGAUCUUCUCCUCAGCAUAUCACGACACCGCAAACUUCCGUACGGCCCCACCGAUCGAUACCAACACGGUGAGUAUCAUCUUCAUAUCAGGUCGCGAAGCCUCAAAAUUCGUCAAGCAUACGCAACACCACCCGAUCCUGUUCACGACCUCCUCCCUCGACCCUCCCACCCAGGCCGAAGUCCUCUUACUCAAGACUCCCACACGAUCAAUCUCCACUUACUUCCUUCGAGACGCCAUUCCUAAGGGCCUGACUCGCAUCAUGUACCUCCACAACCUCACCUCGAACCUCAAGGACCCUGAGACUAUCAUUGGAACGCUUCAGCAACUUAACCCAGACAUGCCACGUCCAUUGAGAGCGGGGUAUGUUAAGGAUGGAAUUAUGGUUCUGGAGUAUGCGAGCAUGGCAGAGGCAGACGUGGCGUGGGAUGUGGUGAAUAAGAACCCGAUGGAGUUUCCAGGGAUUGUGAAGGGCUCGCUGGGAGAUCCUUGUGCUGAGGCUUUGGUGUGGAAGAAGAGGGGAGAGGCCGGGGAGCGUGAGAAGGAGGGCCAUGGUGGAGAUAUCGCGGAGCUCAGCGAAGGCGAGGCUGAUGAUGAGUGCGGAGGUGAAAACGAAGUCGGAGAUGAGAAUGCGGAGAUGGUCUACGUGGACCGCGAGGAGGAUGCCAAAAUGAUGGAGGGCUGA